GGGGCAUUGCGGGACAUUUUUGAGUAAACUAAGCUUCCAAUCACUUCAUAAUUGAGCACGCCAUUCCCCAAAUCAGUGUUAUUAUACAUCGUAUACUCCCUUCACGAUGGUUGAGACUGAACGCCCUCAGUACUAUGAAAACACGCUGACUCCGCUCCCAAUCAAUCCGGCGACCCUGAUCGAGACUCUCCGGGAGCUUCGAGAGGCUGUUUAUAAUGGCGCGGAAUUGGUUCAUACAAAUGAGCCCAUUCCAGACAAAUGGAGCGCUGGCGGGAUGUUUAAACACUUUCCAGGCGUUGCCCUUGCUUUCUUGCGUCUCGAUUACCAGUCCUCAGUAUUAGCAAAUCAAAAGGCUACCUCUUCUGAAUUCCGGCAGUAUGCCCUCCAGAGAAUCCCAUCGGGCUUACCUGAUAUGCCUUUGCUCCCGUCACGACUGUCGCCCGCGGGGUCAUUGUCGCCCAUGACCGCCGUGACUCUGCACAUUCUCUCGGCUGUGGCAGAGAGCAACUGGGGAUCUGAGGCCAAACCCAGCCUUACACCGGAAAACAUCACCUGCCUUCAUGAUGCUGUCAACUUAGCACUAAAUAAUGAAGCUAUCGUGCCCCAUGGCGAACAUAGGAUGGGUGGAGAUGAGAUGUUAUAUGGCCGUGCGGGCUUGUUAUGGCUUCUCUUGAAUGUUCGUGCCCAUCGAUUCAAUGAUAAGACUGAGGCAGCACUUGCCUCAGUCCUUGACAUGGUCCCUCAGUUGGUUCGUGUUAUCGUCGAGGCCGGCCGAGAAGGGUCGAAGGAUUACGUGCAGAAGCAUGGAAAGAAGGAGGCCCAUCCCUUGAUGUAUGCGUGGAUGGAGGGUCACUAUGGCUUUGGCGCCGCUCAUGGAAUCACCGGUAUUCUCCCUAUCCUACUUUCUUGCAAUGAUGAGGAAAUAUCAGAGUACAUGCCUGAGAUAGGGGAGACCAUCACUGCACUCUGCAAACUUUGCACUGAGAGCAAUGGUCAUCUCCCAAUGACACUUCCUCCCCGCGGCCCCAAGAAGCCUUCCGAACUUGUUCAAUUCUGCCACGGCAGCCCAGGAAUCCUUCUACUUCUGGGCACUGCAUUGCAGAACGACCGGCUGACUCGGGCAUACUGGCACCCCACAUGGGACCAGACUUUGUACCAAGCCACUUGCCGUACUUGGGAGGAGGGCAUUCUCUCAAAGGGAGGGAGUCUGUGCCACGGUAUUUCUGGCAACGCAUGGCCGUGGCUACUGCUUCAUGAUGCUUUCGAGUACCACUCGAGGAGCAUUAACGAUGCCAGACGCGGGUACUUCCAGCGUACGCAGGAUUCCUCGCAACCGGAUGACAAUUUGAGCCAAAAGCUCACAUCCGACUUCUUUUUGUCCCGGGCACUCGCUUUUAUGCUUCAUGCGUUUGAGACUCGUCCCUAUAAUACUGCACCCGGGACUUCUGGUCGCGAUUAUCGGACCCCUGAUGACCCGUACUCGCUGUUUGAGGGGCUGGCGGGCAAUGUUUGUGCGUGGGCGGAAUCUUGUGCGGUGAUUCAGGCGAGGUUGCGAAAGACUAUGCUGAGUGAGGAGGGUGUUAGUGUGGAGGAUGACAGUAUGUUUCAGCAAGCGAUGCGUUGUCGACUGGGCUUCCCUCUCAUCGGUGGAAAUGGGGUUCGUGGGGUGCUCUGA